GCGAGCCGGCUUCUACCCGCCGCGGCGCGAGGCCUCCCCCCAGGGGCGGGGCCGUAACGGUCCCGUCCGGCGCGAGGCUCCUCCCCCCCUCCGCCCCCGCCCCCCCGCGGAGCCGGCCGGGGCCGGGAUGGCGGCGGCGGGGGGCGAGGCCCGGGAGGAGGAGGAGGAGCGGGAGGUGGUGCGGGUCCGGGUCAAGAAGCGCGAGGGGUUCCUGCAGCCCGAGUUCCGCACCUUUGCCGUCGAUCCCCAGAUCACCUCGCUGGAUGUCCUCCAGCACAUCCUCAUCCGCGCCUUCGACCUCAACGGGAAGAAGAACUUUGGGAUCAGCUACCUGGGCCAGGAGAAGCAGGGCCAGGAGACGUACCUGUCACUGCUGUCGGACUGGGACCUGACCACGGCCUUCGCCAGCGCCUCCAAGCCCUACCUGCAGCUCCUCGUAGACAUCAAGCCUUCGGAAGACAGCCCCCUGCUGGAGGACUGGGACAUCAUCAGCCCCAAAGAUGUCAUCAGCACUGAUCUGCUCCUGGUGGAGAAGCGGUCCCUGGCGGCGGCCGCCCUGCCUUUCACCCAGACCAUCAUCUCCCAGGUGGGCCGGACGCUGUCGAAGGUCCAGCAGGCUCUGAGCUGGUCCUAUGGGGAGGACGUGAAGCCGUUCAAACCGCCGCUGAGCGACUCCGAGUUCCACACCUACCUGAACCACGAGGGGCAGCUGAACCGGCCCGAGGAGCUGCGGCUGCGCAUCUACCAUGGCGGCGUGGAGCCCUCGCUGCGCAAAGUGGUGUGGCGCUACCUGCUGAACGUCUACCCGGACGGGCUGACGGGCCAGGAGCGCAUGAACUACAUGAAGCGCAAGACGCGGGAGUACGACCAGCUGAAGGGCCAGUGGGCGGAGCGGGCCAGCCCCGAAGACCUGGACUUCAUCCGCAGCAACGUCCUCAAGGACGUUCUCCGCACGGACCGCACCCACCCCUACUACGCCGGCUCGGAGGACAACCCGCAUCUGACUGCCCUUCACGACCUGCUGACCACCUACGCCGUCACCCACCCGCAGAUCUCCUACUGCCAGGGCAUGAGUGACAUCGCCUCGCCCAUCCUGGCCGUCAUGGACAACGAGGCCCACGCCUUCAUCUGCUUCUGCGGCAUCAUGAAGCGCCUGGAAGGCAACUUCCAGAUGGACGGCGAGGUGAUGUCCCUCAAGUUCUCCCACCUCAAGCUGCUCCUCCAGUACUCGGAUCCUGAGUUCUACGCCUACCUCCUCUCCCGGGGUGCUGACGACUUCUUCUUCUGCUACCGCUGGCUGCUGCUGGAGCUGAAACGGGAGUUUGCCUUUGAGGACGCCUUGCGGAUGCUGGAGAUAACCUGGAGCUCCUUGCCACCGGAUCCUCCGGAGAAGGAGGUGGAGCUGGUGGGGCCGCCGGCCAGGCUCAGUGAGAGCGGCCAGCCUGUCCGCCAACGCCACAUGCUGCGGCCCACCUGUAGCUUCGAAGCGACUGGGGACCGGCCUUGCUUGGAGGACCCCGGAGACCAUCCUUGUCUGGAGCAGAAGACCUUAUUGAAGCAAUCCAGCUUUGGAGAAUUCAAGUACUACAGCGCUCGUGAGGACAGCUCCGAGGAAGAGCCUUCGCUGAGAUCCCAGCGCUCUAUGGAGGAAGAGGAGGACUUCUGCAGCGAGCAGGACCCCUUGCUCCAGCUCCCGGCCAUGACCAAGUCUUUCUCCGCCCCGUCCCUCCGGCUCCUGACCCCGCCCACGCCCUCCCGAGACUCCACCUCCUCCCCCUCCCCUCCCCCCUCCGGCAGCGAGAAGAGCGAGAGCCUGCCGGAGGAGAAGGGAGAUUUGGCAGGUGACACGCCAUCCUCCUCACCCAGCAGCCCCCUCCCCGCCGCCCCGUCCCCAGCCACGGUGAGCUUGCCUCCGCCGCAGGAGUUCGGCAAAGGCAACCCCUUCAUGCUCUUCCUGUGCCUGGCCAUCCUGCUGGAGCACCGGGACCACAUCAUGAAGAACAACAUGGACUACAACGAGCUGGCCAUGCACUUCGACCGCCUGGUGCGCCGGCACAAUCUGGCCAAGGUGCUGCACCGGGCCAAAGCCCUCUUCGCCGACUACCUGCAGUCCGAGGUCUGGGACUCAGAGGAGGGGGACGAGGCGGCCGCAGAGUCCCCAGCCGUCUCGUGACAUCUCCCCCUCCCCCCAAAACUCUCCCACCACUCCCCAUUCCGGUGGCCUCCUUGAGACUCAUCACAGGUCAGCCAGGAGGGACUCCUUGCUCUGGAUCCUCUCUGUUCCCCCUGGAUCUAAUGGUCUCCUUGGAAGAUCCUUCAUGGACCAACCAGGAUCUCUCCCCCCUGUGAGACCCCCUCCCUCCAUCCCCCUGCAGAUCUAAUGAUCUCCCUGGAACAUUCUUCAUGAACCAACCAGGAUCUGCCCUUUCCAUUGGCAUCCUCUCUAGUUUCAACUAUCUCCUUGGAAGAUCCAUCAGAGACCAACUAGAAUAUCUCCCUUCCUGUUAGAUCCCCUUCAAACACCCCCGGAUUUAAUGUUCUCCUUGGAAGAUCCUUCAUGGACCUACCAGGAUCUGGCCUUCCCAGUGGGUUCCCCUCUAACCAUCCCCUUCUGACUCCAGUGAUCCUUUUGGCAGAUCCAUCCCCUUGGAAGAUCCUUCAGAGACCCAGCCAGGAUCGGCCACUCGGACUCCGGUGCCUUUUUCUUUUAUGUGCAUUAGCAGAUCCGGUUUUUGGUUUCUCUCCCCGCUGCGGCUGCAGCCUCUGACAGCGUCGCUGCCCAAAGCUGGGGAGGGCUCCCAGCUCCCCGCCCCAGAGAUUCAGAUGCUACGUUGAGUGUUAAGACUUGACGGCUGGGAUGUACGUGCGCUUUUCCGUUCCGCUUUUCACUGACCCAUAACUUGGCUGGUUCCCUUUUAAACCAAGUUGCCCAGUCGUGGUAUAUUUCCUCCUCCCAUGAAGAGAUCGAGUGGAAUUUAUUCCGCGCUUUGGAGGAAGACCAGACAUCAGCUCCCAUGAUGCAAAAGGGCAGGAAUCCGGGAUGCUGGGGGAUCAAACAACGUGUGAUCUCUGCUGGCUUGACACUUCCGUUCGGUAGCCGUUUCCCUGGGCAAACGGACCCCAGUGGCUCCUUGGAUUUGCUGGGAUGUAAAACUAACCAGAGCUCUUCGAUCAGCCGAGUCUUUCUGUUCCUGUUUUAACGAGAGAUCAGCUGUUGAUAGAGGCAAGACCUGCUUGCAUGUGGAUUGACUUCUGGGGCAGGAGCCGUAGCGGUGGGGAGAGGGGCAGGCUGGAGGUAUCGCAAACAAAACCAUUUCCGUCGAUCGCGCCUCUUCGCGCUGCGUUAGCGUCCCUGUGGCGGGUUGGCUCUGGCGUGCGAUCUGCUGACGGCCUGUCCAGAAGCGGGUUCUGAUCUCGGCCGGGCCAGCAUCAGUCUGGAGCGUCUCUGGACGCUGCCGAGAUCGGAGCCUCGCUCGUUUCUAUGACAUGGGCUCGGAAGCGGAGCCUGGCCUACAUCAGCCGCGCCGAUCUGGGAAUUUCUGCCGACGAAGACGUCUUCUGAACAUCCUCUUUCCCCUUCGCGUCCGCCCGGAGUUGAACGGGGCUUGCUCAGCUGGGAUCUGGCCCCGAUGCCUUUUUGUUUCAGUAGCAUCCAUCUGCGUUGGCCUUGUCUUAGCUCAGAGACCCACCCCCUGCAUCAGUGCAUGUGUUGGAUGGCCUGGCUCAAGACAGCGACGGAUAUUCCCCCCCUCCGGAUAUCUGCCCCUCCUAUCGUCCCAGAGCUGGGCUCUUUGUAUGACGUCUGAGAUGAAUCCCUUCAUGCAGCCACGUGGGGUUUAGAGUCUCUAAGGCAGACGAAGCAGAGAGCUGGCUGUGCCAUAGCAGAGAAGGGGAUUUUCUCUAGGUCCUAUUGGAAAAACAAACAACAACAAGGGGAAACGUGCCUGCUCCAGUUCCUGUAGGGGAGCAGCCUGGCCACUAGAGGGCACUGAUAACUCGCACUGAGCUUUGCAGAUCUGAGUUCUCUACCCCAGGGCGGCUCUGGGUUGUGAGAUCCCCCAGGAUCUAGGUAGGGAUGGGGAGAGAAACCGGCCGUCCCCUUGGUGUCGGUUCAGGGGGGAUCUUUCUGGUGAUCUGGGGGAUCGCCAGAGAGUUGGUACGUAGCCCUGUUACCGGAGGGACCGGCAGGCAGAGCCCGGAUUGGCAGGCGUCUCUGGGGGGGUGUAUCUGGCCUGUGGGAGGUCCCGAGAGAUUGGCCUGCCCAGAGCCUGCACCGGUGCAGCCCCUGUCCCCCACCCAGAGCUCCUACGCACCUCCCCCCCCCCCGCCUCCUCAAACUGGCCGUGCCUGGGGAGAGAAAUUGAUUAUGACUCGUGUUGUAACUGACCAUCAGUGGCAGCAGUUGAUGCUUCUCUGGGCUGAUGGACUAGGCUGAUGCGCAGGGGGCUGUUGGCCAUGGGGCGGAGGCAGAGGGGACUGGCCCCUCCCACCAGAUUAACUUCCCCCUUAAUUACAACCCACAGCUAGUCAACUGUAGCAGCCCCGCCCUGGUCAGUUUCACACCCCUUGGCUGGCCCAGCUGUAACUGACUAGCCGCAGGAGCCGUCUUGCGACCCGACUGGCCCCCGAGCCCGAUCGAGACGUCAGUGGCCCCUGCUAAAGGCCACUCAGUUCUCGGCCGCUUGUCUCCUUGCGAGCAGGGUUGGCUGGCUUGACUCCCCGGCGCUCUCCGUUCAUUGCGCUCGAGGGGGGUUUUCACAUUUGACCCGCGUCGGCAUCUUCUCGCCUUUGGCUGCCUCCGAAAAGCAGCGGCUUGAAAACACCACGUUCUGCCUUGCUGCGCGGCCCCUUCCCUCGUCCCGGCAGGGAGUCGGACGCAGUCACAGGGAAGGGAGCCACUUGGGCUGUACCCUGGAUCGCGCAUGGGCCGAACCUUAAACUCGGGUUCCAGAUCUUCCCAGCGGGAGCGAGGGGCAGGGGUGGGCAGUUAUAGGCAGCAGUGAGGCUCUGUGGGAACAGGGGUGCCCAGGGGGUCGCCCCUCAGAUCCAGGGGCGUUUGCCUCCCCAUCUGUUGUUGGCUCCAGCAUCUUGCCGACGCCGGGAAGGCGCCUGACUCCGGUGUCCAGCAGAAUGGACGCAGCACAUGCUCCCCCUACAGCCCAUUGCGGGAGAGUGUGAUGGGCUGACCCCAGCGGGUGGCGUGCUCCUUGAUAGCCCAUGGGGGGCGGCAGCGAUCACUCUCCUCCGCCCUUCCCGUGCCCCCCGGGCAGCCCCACAAUAGCUUAGCCCCGAACAAACACGCACCAAGCCCUGCCCUGCUGCUCUGGGGCUAGAUCAAACCUGCCCCAGCGGGGUGCUUCCUCCGGAGCUCCCAGCGUGAGGAAACAAGGAAGCCGCCGGUGUGUCUCUGACAACUCUGUGCCGCUUCCUUUGAACGCGCAGGGGGCUCUUGGAUUUCACCGCCGGAGGAGGGUCAGACUCGACUCUUGUGGACACUCGUGUCCUUAAAACACCUCCAUCCUCAUUGCCAAGGUUAGGAUCUUCUGAUCCCAGCCAAGAAACGGGGAGUCUCUUUUCCAAAGCUGGCCAGAAACCAGGCCCUUGAACAAACCCUCGGCAUCUGUUCCCGAGCAAGACUUGGCAGGAUCGCUCGUCCCCUUCCAUUUUGUCUUUCCCCACCCUCUCCUUGCUCUGGAUUUAAAUGAGGCAGACGCCCCUGACUUGCCCACGAACCUGCUCGUGGUACCACCCAAUCUGGAGAGGUGCAGGGAGGAAAAAUGUUUUCCUCUGUCAGUUAGAAAGUGCUCAAAGACCAGCUCCCCAAGUGGGGAAGUCAACAGCCUGACGCUGAUUUCCACCAGCUGAGCAUCCGGGGCCUAUUCUUGUGUCUAGUCCAUUGCAUUUUCGCAUCUAAUCAGUUUCAGCCUCAGACCGAAAUACAGUUCGGCCGGGCAAGACGUUCCAGCCCGUCCCUCAGGGCUCAGGUCGCUCUAGGCUGGGCGUUCAGGUCAGCACGAGAGGCUAGUUUUGGGGUGUGGUGGGUUUUUUUGUAAACAGAGGGAAAUUGGGGGUGUGAAACUGCAAAGAAUUGUCAUUGCGACUGACGCUGAGGUCUAGAAAAGAGGAAACUGCUUUGGCAUUGAAUGGAAACUGACCCGAUUCUGAUUUGCCUCUAAUCAAAGGGGAUUAAUCUCAGCUCCGCCCAGAGGGGGUGCUUGCUCUUGGAGGAAGAUUUGUGCCCAAGAGGUGAGGAGGGGCAGGUUGCUACCGUCUCAGGCCCAGGCCCUGGAAGGUAUUCAGGUGCUUAGCUCAGAGCCAGCGUCUCUAAAGGUCUCCAAGUCUAAAUAUGAGCUAGAUUUUCCCCAGAGCUCAACACCCGACGUGCUCAGCUCUCGGGAGAAAUUGCAGCUCUUUAAAGUUUGCCUUUGAUGCAUCCAAAAAAAAAAAGUCUUUAAAGCUCCGAUUUGCUCCAUGGAGGUUGGUUGUCUUUGAGUCUCUGCCAACGGACGAGGCUCCAGGGGCAGGCGUGGUGCUCCGUUCCGUUCCAUGCCACUCGCAAUCGUCCAUUCUCUGCUUCCCUGGAUUUAAAUGACACACAGGACUGGCGGGUGGGAAUUUUCGAAUCCGGCUCCAGCCGCGCUUUGCCUGAAAGCUGGUUCUUUUAGAUCCCCGGGGCUGCUUUUCAAUCCAGAUCAACUGGGCUCGGGUGAAAGCUACGAAGCCGUUGCUGGCACAGUCAGCUGGGAGGCUGCCAACGCUGUGGGUGUCUUGGGAGCGACCGGGGACGGUUUUCCAAGUGACUGAAAGACACCCUGACACCCACUCCUGUCUCCCCCAAAUCCACUGGGUUCUAACUGGUGAUGACUUUAUAUUCUCUGGCACCUGGGACAGGUUUAUCCUGAGACGUUUCCCAAACCCAGGCUAAUGGUUUGUGGGUCUCCAGAUGCCAAUUUUUCCCCCAGAUCUUGUUCCAUCUCACACACUGGAUUCCUCUUUCCUAAGAGCUUGGUACGUCUCCAUUGGAAACUUUGCCAAAUUCAUCUCAGAGAGAAGUGGAGGUUGGGUUGGGGUGGAAAACACCCCGUGUUUAGUAGGAAACGCAGCUUUGCUCCACCAAAGGCAAUAGAAUGAGGACAGUUUGUGCUCUGACUGUUGGCUCAGAGACGGCCAGAGCGGGAAUCAGGCCCGAUCUGGUUUUCUGCUCCCCUCGUUAAGGUUGCUGACGCUUGAGAUCAUUAAACCUGAAGGAAUUUUGAAUUGAUCCGGUUUCCAGGAAGUGCUAUUUCUCUUUGGGGCCACGGCUCCUGGGUAAUUUCACUCCUUUGCCUAGUCAGUUUCACCUGCUGAGCUGGCAAACUCCUGGGCAAAAAUCCCAAUUUUAAAAAUCAAACCGUUGAUUUUUUUUUUUCUUUAAAAAUCCUUGGGGAUCUCAAUAUUUAAAAUCUGAGACAGAUCCUAGUACCCUGGGUGCUGGGAAAUCAGAUCUCUGGGUAUUUUGCCAUGGGGGCUAAAUUAGCAGUUGGAAAUCUCAGCUGUCAUUGACUGCAGGAGAAUGUGAGCCCCCCAUCCCCUCAGAGCCCCCCCUCCCCUUAACGAUCUGACUGAUUUUUGAACUGGAUCAACCCCAAAUUCUUUAGUGAUGUUUCCAAAAAUUCUAGCGGCGUUUGCUACUUGAUGGCCCCGCUGUGCUGGGAUAGUGUUGUUAUUGUAGGGCCUACUGUGUCUUCCGCUUCCUGGCUUUGUGCUGGGGGCCCCGUCCAAACUCGUGCUCUGCUGCUGAAACCCAGGCGCCCAUUUGAUCUCUUUGUAGAUGAGCCGCAGAAGCCAGCGGUGCUGAGUUGUGAAUGUUUUGGUUGGUGUUCAGCCUUUCCUUAUUUCGUGCCACUCUAUUUAUUUUGCCAACCUUCUGGGCUGUGAAGUUUAUUUACCCGGCCGGGCUGUUUAAACAGGACAAAGGUUCUGAAACAAAGGUGGGAUUCUCACGGGGUGGUGCUGAAAUCAGGCAGCUGGAGUCUUCUCACAGGCUUUGCCCGGUGCGCUCUCGAGAUCCGGGACCCCUUUGAAAAAGAAACGCGGCCCUCGCACCAGGAAUUGACCGAGCAACUUCUCCUGGCUACGGACUCUCUAAAAACUGCAGUGGAUUCUGGGAGGGAGGCUGGGGGAGCAGCCAGUUAACACUGCCUUGGGGGGCUCGAGGCGUCACUUUCAAGGGGGAUUGGGUGCUUCCCCCCACCCCACCCCCCAGCCAACGGUGGCGAUUCUGGAUUCCUCUGGGGGAAAGACCGAGGAGUUGGAUUCUGCUCCCGUUAACGGCCAAGCGCCUGGAGCUCUUCCCCCUCCAGGCUGCCAGCGAUUCGAUCUCUUUCUGCCUCCCAAGCAGCUGAGUUCUCUAACCGACCCAAGGAACCAAAUCUAGCUAAAGCCGCGGCGGAGGGCGGCCGGCCGGGGCGUUGGGCGGGUGCCAAGGGGACCUGGCCUGGAUCAGGCUGGGUUUAUGGCCUCUGGGUCAGCACAGCUGUUCUAUCCCCUGUAUAUAUCCUCUGUACAGUCGGAGACCCCACAUGUUCCUAAACCCCCGCGCCCAAAGCUGGGCUUGGCGAAGGGGGUCCCGCUCGGGCCUUGGAGUGAAUGUGCUACAGGAAUGAAAGUGGAAAUAAAAGGAGGAAAAAGUG